CAAUGCAAACAUGACAGGAAGGCGUAUUAAAAUUUUAGGGUUAUAGGAUGAAAACAAUUUGUUUGAAAGAUGGAACAUAAAUCCGGAGGACCUUUAAUUACAAAAAAUAUAUUACACGCAGGAACUAAAUCGGUAUCGUUUACAACAGGGACCAAGGUAUAUUUCCAUUUUCAAACAAGGAAAUGUGAUAGAGAACAAACCAUUGUGGAUGACAGCCGAAAAUUUGGAAAGCCAAUGGAACUGGUUCUUGGUAAAAAUUUCAAGUUUGAAGUUUGGGAAACAGUAGUGCAAAUGAUGGCUCUAAAUGAAGUUGCCAAUUUUACAGUAGACAAAAGUUUAGUAUCUGGAUAUCCAUUUCUUUCCAAGACUUUGCGUGAAGCAGGAAAACCCAAAGACCAGCGCCGACCGCACUGCUGUGGUGUUAUGAUGCAGAAUGAAGGCACUGGUUAUGAAGAUUUAAACCAACUGAUCAAAGAACCUUGUGAUUUGGUAUUCAGAAUAGAAUUGUUAAAGGUUGAAGCCCCAGAAGAUUACCAGAAGGAAUCCUGGCAGAUGAACGAAGAAGAGAAAUUGAAAGCUAUUCCUAGUCUACAUUCAGAGGGAAAUUCUCUUUUCAACAACAAAAACUACAAAGCUGCUUCUGAGAAGUAUGCCCUGGCUCUUGGUAUGCUGGAGCAACUCAUGCUUGUUGAAAAACCUGGAGCUGAAGAAUGGUUAGCAUUGGAGAAGCAGAAAGUACCACUAUUGCUUAAUUUUUCCCAAUGUAAAUUGUAUGAAAAGGACUACUACACAGUGAUAGAACACUGUUCCAGUGUUCUUAAGAGUGAUCCUGGCAACGUAAAGGCACUGUUCAGGAGAGCAAAGGCACACAUGGGGGCAUGGAACCCUCAAGAAGCACGGGAGGAUUUCAUGCGAGUUAUGGAACUUGACCGUUCACUACUGGCUACUGUCCAGAAGGAACUGAAACAACUUGAGGAAAUGGAAAAGAAACAGGACGAAGAUGACAGAUCAAAACUGAAGGGAAAAAUGUUUUGAGCACCACUGUACCAUCACUGAAGCCAUCAAUACCACAUGUAACUGUUUCUUUGUUGAUUUGUAAAUAAAUUUUAAUAGAGAGGAGAGUGUAAAGUAUGAUGAAAUAUUUAUUGUGUGUUACUGGAGAUAUAUAUAUAUAAUUUUUGUUGUGCCCACUGCUGUCACUGUGAACUGUGCAUCAGAUUUGUUGGUAUGAAAUAAAUAUAACACUGAAGACAGA